UUGUAAAAAUAAGAAAUGUAACAAAAUUUAUUAAAGAAUAAAAAAAUUUUUCGACUUCGAGCAAGAAAAUCAAGAGUCUCAGCAUAUAGGUACAUCUAAGAAACAAAAGUUUAAAUUCACUUUUCUGUUUCAGAAAACUGAGAUUUCGUUAAAAAUGGAUCAUGUUACUACUUUUUCAAAGAUUAUAGAACAGGAUUUUCUAACAGACAGUUGUAUUGCAUCGAGAAAAGUUUCAACAGACAUUACACAAAUUGAAAAAGAAUUAUCCAAUUCAUUAAAGCUUCUUGAAUCAGGACUUUCAAAUCUGGAAAUUGAAGCAGCUCACUUUCUCGAUUCUGGAGAAUUUAAUAAUACCUUCUCACUGAAUAAUGAUUAUUUAAGCACAUCAUGUUCGAAAAGAGAACAGUACAAGUCUUACAUAAGACACCAAUAAUCUUUUCUAAUGUAAAAACGAAUAAUAAUUCUCAUCUAUCAAACUCGUCAGUAGAAUCAGAAGCAAGAGAAUCAUCAAUUCCUCCAGAUUUAACAUUUUCAUUUUAUUCAUCAACUGACGAGGUAAUUGUUCCCUUAAAAUCUCAAACAUCUGAAUCUACAAAGAAAUCUAAUGAUGAACUGCAAUCAAGUCUCGAUGAAAUAUUGAGAAAUACAGUAGAAAAUGUUUUGACAAUGAAAAAUAAUUUUGAAACACAAUCAAAGAAUGGCGAUAGAGAAAAAUUGGUGAAAAAGAAUUCUGGUAUGGAGAAAGAAAAAACUGAUGAAUUGAAUAAAAAUAAUGAGAUUGUUUUAGAAAUGAAUGACUUAGUGGAAUCUUUGAUGAAAAUACAAACAGCGUUGAACGAUUUGGAUAAAGAAGCAGCUCAUAUAUUAAAUCCAAAAUAUUAAGUUUCUUAUUAGAAUUUAUUUAUCAAUGAACAAUCGUCAUACAUAUGAGGAUAAAAUGUAUUUAAAAUAAAGCAUUUUGAUAAUUUUUUUUUACUUUCAGUUGUGUUAAUAAUUUUUUUCAUAUGAACAAACAAUGGACAAUUUGAUGUAAACAUGCUAAUAAUUUAUUUAAAUAUUACAAUGACUUGCUACAGAUUGACGAAUACAGACACAGAGUAAACCACAAAGACUCCAUGAAAAUUAUAACAACGACAAAAUUUCUAUUAUAUACCUUUUUUUAACAACAAUUAUUUCAAGAAAAAGAGAAAAUAGCUAAAUUAAAAUGGUACAAAUACAUGAUGUCGCAACAAGAUUUGGUCUUUUUUUUCGACAAUUUGGAGCUUUUUUCAUUAAAGAGGAGCUUUUUCGAAAACAUUUUUAGAAUUUAUUAUGGAUUGAGAGGAAAAUUGUGUCUUGAAUUUUAAUAAAUUUAUGAUUUUUAUCUUCAGAUUAGAGCUUUUUUUUUAUUGAAGAAGAGCUUCUUCUAAAACACAGACGUACUAAGAACUUUAUAGAAUUUAUUUCCGAUUCAGAAAAAAAUUGUGCCUUGCGAAUAACGUAAUCACUUGAAUCACUUAAUCUAAUGUAAAUAUUUUCAUACGUUAAUUUUUUUAUUAUAA